UGGGGGCGGGGUGCCAGGAUUCCCUGAGCCUCUGCUCCAAGUACACGAAAGCUUUCCUUCCCUGCACUCCCAAAGGAGAAGUGCCAAGGCUUCCUCCUUUCCUGGUCAGCCCUAAGGUGAAAUCUGCUGGCUCCGUUCUUCAACCAGGCUCGCCCGAAGACCGCACGUGGCAAAGAGUCGGGGUAGGGGUGGGGGUAAUACGCGAAGCCUGCGUCGUGCGCGAUGCUGGCGCCCGCGGCCAAGGCCAGCAGCCGUGGCUCUAACGGCGCUGGGCUGCGGGCACGGGGACCCCGCGCGCGCGCGUGCGUGAAGAAAGCGCGCGCCUGUCCGCGUGCCCGCCCGGCGUGCGUGCAGCUGCGGGAGCCGGUGUUCGCGCGCACCGCUGCGGGGGCCAUUGGCGCGCGAGGUGUGAGCUUUCUAAGUAGCAUACAGCAAAAGGUUCAGCCAAGCUGUGAAGCCCCGUGGUUAAGAUCCUGUGCCUUCUGAACCUCUCUGCGGCUGUGGAUGGCCCCGGCGGUCCUGACUACCCUUCCCAAUAGGAUGUCGCUGAGAUCCCUCAAAUGGAGCCUCCUGCUGCUGUCCCUGCUGAGCUUCCUGGUGAUGUGGUACCUCAGCCUUCCCCACUACAAUGUGAUCGAGCGUGUGAACUGGAUGUACUUCUAUGAGUAUGAGCCAAUUUACAGACAAGACUUCCGCUUCACGCUCCGGGAACAUUCGAACUGCUCUCAUCAGAACCCAUUCCUGGUCAUCCUGGUGACCUCGCGCCCCUCAGAUGUGAAAGCCAGACAAGCCAUUAGGGUCACUUGGGGUGAGAAAAAGUCCUGGUGGGGAUACGAGGUCCUCACGUUUUUCUUACUAGGCCAGCAGGCUGAAAGGGAAGACAACACUUUAGCAUUGUCCUUGGAGGACGAACACGUUCUCUAUGGCGAUAUUAUACGGCAAGACUUUUUAGAUACAUAUAAUAACUUGACCUUGAAAACUAUUAUGGCUUUCAGAUGGGUAAUUGAAUUUUGCCCCAAUGCCAAGUAUGUCAUGAAAACAGACACCGAUGUUUUCAUCAACACUGGCAAUUUAGUCAAGUAUCUUUUAAACCUAAACCACUCGGAGAAGUUUUUCACAGGUUAUCCUCUAAUUGAUAACUAUUCCUAUAGAGGAUUUUUCCAUAAAAACCACAUUUCAUACCAAGAGUACCCUUUCAAGGUGUUCCCUCCCUACUGCAGUGGACUGGGCUACAUCAUGUCGGGUGACCUGGUGCCCAGGAUCUACGAGAUGAUGAGUCAUGUGAAACCCAUCAAGUUUGAGGACGUCUAUGUCGGCAUCUGUCUGAGUUUGUUAAAAGUGGACAUUCAUGUUCCAGAAGACACAAAUCUUUUCUUUCUGUUCAGAAUACACCUGGAUGUAUGUCAGCUCCGACGCGUGAUUGCAGCCCAUGGCUUCUCUUCCAAGGAGAUCAUCACAUUUUGGCAGGUCAUGCUGAGGAACACCACGUGCCAUUAUUAAGCCCAUACUUCAUCCAUCGAGAGAAGGGCGAAAGGACACUUGGGAGAGCGGGUCAGAGUUAGUCUGGAAGUGAGCGUGCUGGCUUGUGGGGACUGAAGCUCACGGAGCAUGGUCGGACAGGAGCUUCAAGGCCUGGACUUAGUGUUUGGCUCCACAGGAUUUAACUCGGAUCCUUUAAAGGUGAUAGAGAAAUCCAGCAUAACUCACAGGAGCGAUCUGCUAAGAAUCAAAGGGUCAGACAGUCUGAUGACUCAGGCUGGAGAUUAGAGAUUCUAAUUCCCCGAAAGCAAACUAACUAGUCCACAGCCAGAAAACUGUGGAGUUGUAUUUAUUAGAUAGUCUAGUCACAUAAUGGUUCAGUGUGUAUUUUAGGUGGUUAUUAUUAAAAGAUAUAUAUAUUUCCUGUAAAAAGCUUUACUAAAAUUACAUUGAAAAUAAUUCAUUUGUGUUGUUUUCAUUUGCAAGAUAUUCAAUGAUGUGGUACUUCAGAGUUAUCAAAUCAAAAUUAUUUAAUGUUAUUUCAGUUUUCUAAGUGUUUAAAGGUUAUGGUGGUUUCAGUAUUCUGUGGUGAAUGCCUUUCACAUCUGAGCUUUGUUUUAUUCACUCUGCUGAUCAGUUUAAGUUUGAAAGUCCCAUUAAUGUGACAUCAUAGGUUAUUACUGACUGUCCGUAAUCUGUUGAACUCUGUUGUACUGUAAACAUAUGGAGAAUUAAAGCAAGAUAAUUUGA